AUGACAAGCGCUGCUGGACAGGGUUUUACGGUUUCCUCUGAGUUAAACAUCAGCUCGUGUCCCAUCACGUAUUUUGGACAGAAGUACGAAAAACUCUACGUGAACUUUACAAGUGAAAACUUUGUGAUCUGUUUCAACGGCUUCUACAACCCUAAGAACAAUGGCAGCUGUUUGGUGGGACCUAAAGAAGCGAGGGCAAUGCUUCUGAUUACUGGAAGGCUUCCAACAAUAGAAAUGGACAUACAUCAAAAUAUCCCGGCCAUAAUGAACAGGACCUUGGAAUGCCUUGUUGUAAUGGCCACUGAUAACGGCUUUUAUACCAUAGCCAACUUUGGGUCAGAGACAGCUUUUAUGGCUCAACAUACGAGUGGGAACCUAUCGCUGGUUGACAUUCUGGUGGAUGGCACUAAAGUUGAGUCACUUAAUGUGACGUAUACUGAAGGAGAAAACGAAAGGAAAUAUGCAGACCUGUCUGGCUGCAGACACUUAGGGGUUUUGUACAGACGUGGAGAUGUGGUCACCUCUCAUCCGCAAAACUGUAUCAGCCUCGUUUGCUCUGCAGAUGUUGUCCUCCAGAACACCACCUGUGGACCUCUGGAACAAUGUCAAGGCAAUGGCAGCUGUUUUCUGGACGCCAUCUGCACGGUGACGGGUCCCGCUGUCAUCGACUUCCACGGCCAGCAGAACUCUGUGAAGGAUCGCUGUUCAUACUCUCUGCUGAGGAUCCCAUCAGCACCAGGCUUCCAGGUUCUGGCCAACUUCCAGGAGCGCCGUCGUAAAGAUGUGAGCUUCCUGGACAGUGUGACGCUGCAACUGGCAGGACAGGCCAUUGGUCUGAACCAAGGAGGCAGAGUUGUGUGGCAUCAGCUCUCUGAAUGA